AACUGUCAGUGUCAGACUGAAGAGUAGUGUGAAAGAGGAAGGAAGUAAUCGGUUUCACUUCCAUUACCUGGCCGAUGUGCUACUUUGAAAGUGAAAUCCGAAAGUUGUUGUAAACCUGUCGUUCUAAACGCACUGCCAUGUCGAGCCAAGAAGACAUCAUUAAGAAGCAGAAGACGUGCAUGCAAGUGGCCACCAACGUCACGGAGCAGCGGCACCACGUCUCCCGAGCCAAGCGCGGCCAGAUUUUGGGGCACCUGCGGGGCUUCCGGGGCUGCACUGUCUGGUUCACGGGGCUGUCUGGCGCAGGUAAAACCUCCAUAGCCUUCGAACUGGAGGCCUACCUCAUCCAGCACGGCAUCCCCGCCUACGGCCUGGACGGCGACAACAUGCGCACGGGGCUCAACAAGGACCUGGGGUUCAGCAAACAGGACCGGGAGGAGAACAUAAGACGCGUGGCGGAAGUGGCGCGACUUUUCGCAGACGCUGGCCAGAUCUGUCUUUGUAGCUUCGUGUCCCCAUUUGCAGAAGACAGGGAGCUGGCCCGGAGGAUACACCGCGAUAACGACCUCCCGUUCUUCGAAGUGUUUGUCGAUUGUCCGCUGCCGGUGUGCGAGCAGAGGGACACCAAGGGGCUGUACCACAAGGCCAGGCAGGGGGCUAUCAAGGGGUUCACGGGGAUUGACCAGCCGUACGAGAAGCCAGAGCAUCCCGAUUUGGUCGUGAAGACGAUUGAGUCGUCGGUGGAGGAGUCGAUGUUCCACGUUGUGGAGAUGUUGCAAGAAAAUGGGAUUAUUCCCCUGGUGGAGGAGGAUUACGAGAAGGUGCUGGAGCUGUUUGUGCCCAAGGACCGGCUUGCUGCCGCCAAUGAGGAGGCGGCGACUUUGCCCAAGUUGAAUUUGACUGUCCUGGAUUUGCAGUGGCUGCAGGUUUUGAGCGAAGGCUGGGCCUCCCCCUUAAAAGGCUUCAUGCGCGAAGACCAAUUCCUGCAAACCCUCCACUUCAACUGCCUCCUCGACGAAGUGAAAAACACUAACCAAUCAAUCCCCAUCGUCUUGCCCGUCUCAUCCGCCGACAAAGAGCGCCUCGACGGCGCCUCGGCCCUAUCUCUCUACCACAACGGCAUCUGCUACGCCAUUCUGCGCAAACCCGAAUUCUACUACCACCGCAAGGAAGAACGCGUCGCCCGCCAAUUCGGCAUCACCAACAAAGACCACCCUUACAUAAAAAUGGUCUACGAAUCGGGCGACUGGCUCGUGGGGGGCGAACUCGAAGUCCUGAAACGCGUGCAAUGGGGCGACGAACUCGACCACUACCGACUCACCCCCAACGAACUCCGCCGAAAGUUCAAGUUAAUGGGGGCUGACGCAGUUUUCGCCUUCCAACUGCGCAACCCCAUCCACAACGGUCACGCGCUGCUGAUGCAAGACACGCGGAAACAGCUGAAAGAAAGGGGCUACCGCAAGCCGGUGCUGCUUUUGCACCCUCUGGGUGGUUGGACGAAAGACGACGAUGUUCCCCUUCACACUAGAUUGCUCCAACACCAAGCUGUGCUAGAUGAGGGCUUGCUUGAUCGGUUCUCGACCGUUCUGGCCAUUUUCCCGAGUCCCAUGAUGUACGCGGGACCCACUGAAGUGCAGUGGCAUGCCAAGGCGCGGAUGAACGCGGGCGCGAAUUUCUAUAUCGUUGGGAGAGAUCCCGCAGGAGUGCCGCACCCACGGGGGAAGGACGCGACUCCAGAUGGGAACUUGUACGAUGUCACCCAUGGGGCUCGUGUGCUGAAGAUGGCACCUGGGUUAACCUCGCUUGAGAUCAUUCCCUUCCGGGUGGCCGCCUACGAUUGCAAGAACAAGAAAAUGGCCUUCUUUGAUCCGGCCAGGAAGGAGGAGUUUGAGUUCAUUUCGGGGACGAAGAUGAGGACGCUUGCGCGUAAUGGGGAUAACCCACCGGAUGGGUUUAUGGCGCCCAAGGCCUGGAGGGUGCUUGCCGAUUACUACCAGUCUUUGAUUAAAGAUAAAUAUUAGAUCGAACAUUCCUUCUUUUCUUUAUGUCUCGACUUUUUCGAACUCGAUUUUAUCUUUUCGAAGUCUUUCCUUCUGUAAUAUUAUUUUAUUAUUGGUUUUAAUUGUGCACUAUAAUCGUAGGUGUAAAGGAAUUUGUUUUAGCUUUAAGUUUCAAUUGCAAUUGAUGAGCUUUUAAAAAUUGCUAAAUUGUUUAGAAGAUUUUAUUAUCUACUUAAAUGCAUUUCAGAAGGUAAUGCAAUGUAUUUCUUAAUGUUCUAGCGAGGACAUGAAGUUGUAAAAUGCAUACAGGACUCAAUAUUUCCUUUUAAUCUAUUGAGGUCUUAUAUUCCAAACUUUUACAUGAAUUUUUAACGGCAUAGUCCAUAGCUUUAUAUCAUGUAUGUGUUAUGUUUUAAAUAUAUUUUAUUUUAUUUUUGA